GUGAACUCUUCAGUCUGUUCCGACGGAGCUGAAGUACAGAAACCAUCUUUACAGUGUUUCAAAAUUCAAUGUUUAUGCACCACACCCAGUGCUCCCAGUCCUCCGUGUUAUUCCUUAUGCUCCACAACUAUAAUGCAAGAUUCUGCAAUACGUAAUAAAACAUACCAAUGGAGGAGGUAGACGUGAACGGUUUUGAGGAGAGCACUGUAGUGCUCAUUUUACCACAUCUACCGCUAUACCACAGCCGUUAGCCCCGCUUCACAGGUACAUGUGACAGCAUUGCAGCUAUGAGAGGAAUUUUAAAGGGGAAGUUUGAAGAAAUUGACAGCUCCUCACCCUGCUCCUCUGUGUGGGAAUCAGAUGAUGAAGUUUUUAGCUGUGACGGUGCUGACAGUGUUGAUAGUGCCAAUCCGUCCACUUGUAAUCUUUUCACUGAGGAGAGAGAAAAGUCCUGGAGGAAAAAAUAAGGAGAUAGCAACAGACUGAAAACAAUGUUUUCAGAAGCAUAGAGUCUUCAGGAAGAUACUGGAGUUCAUGAGAUCUCAAGGUACAUGUGACAGUGUUGCAGCUAUGAGUGGAAUUUUAAAGAGGAAGUUUGAAGAAGUUGACGGCUCCUCACCCUGCUCCUCUGUGCGGGAAUCAGACGAUGACGUUUCCAGCAGUGAAAGUGCUGACAGUGGGGACAGUGUCAAUCCGUCCACUUCUAAUCAUUUUCCCCCUUCCUCCAUCCUCAAAAGAGAGAAGCGGCUAAGGACUAAGAAUGUGCAUUUUAGUUGUGUCACCGUGUACUACUUCACCAGGAGGCAAGGCUUCACGAGCGUGCCCAGUCAAGGGGGCAGCACCUUGGGCAUGUCCAGCCGUCAUAACAGCGUGCGCCAGUACACUCUUGGUGAAUUUGCAAGAGAACAAGAGAGGCUCCACCGGGAGAUGCUGAGAGAACACCUCAGGGAGGAAAAGCUGAACUCUUUAAAACUAAAGAUGACCAAGAACGGCACAGUGGAAUCUGAAGAAGCGAGCACUCUUACCGUGGAUGACAUUUCGGAUGACGAUAUUGAUUUAGACAACACGGAGGUAGACGAGUACUUCUUUCUACAACCCCUGCCGACGAAGAAAAGGAGAGCACUGCUGCGGGCCUCGGGGGUGAAAAAGAUUGAUGUGGAAGAAAAGCAUGAGCUGCGCGCCAUCCGCCUGUCGAGAGAGGACUGUGGCUGUGACUGCCGAGUGUUUUGUGAUCCAGAAACGUGUACCUGCAGCCUGGCAGGCAUUAAGUGUCAGGUGGACCGAAUGUCUUUCCCUUGCGGCUGCACUAAAGAAGGAUGUAGUAACACAGCAGGUAGAAUUGAAUUUAAUCCGAUCCGUGUCCGGACUCACUUUUUGCACACAAUCAUGAAACUUGAACUGGAGAAAAACCGGGAGCAGCAGAUCCCCACGCUGAACGGCUGCCACGGUGAGAUAAGCGCGCACAGCAGCUCCAUGGGCCCCGUGGCGCACUCCGUGGAAUACUCCAUCGCAGACAAUUUCGAGAUCGAAACGGAGCCCCAGGCGGCGGUGCUGCACCUGCAGUCGGCCGAGGAGUUAGACUGCCAGGGGGAGGAGGAGGAGGAGGAGGAGGAGGAGGAGGAGGAGGACGGCAGCAGCUUCUGCAGCGGGGUCACGGAUUCCAGCACGCAGAGCCUGGCGCCCAGCGAGUCAGACGAGGAGGAGGAGGAGGAGGAGGAGGAAGAGGAGGAGGAGGAGGACGACGACGAGGACGACGAGAAGGGGGACAGCUUCGUGGAAGGUUUGGGUCCCCAUGCGGAGGUCGUCCCUCUGCCCUCCGUCCUCUGUUAUUCCGACGGCACGGCCGUCCACGAGAGCCACGCGAAGAAUGCUUCUUUUUACGCCAACUCUUCGACUCUGUAUUACCAAAUCGAUAGCCACCUUCCGGGAACGCCUAGCCAGAUCUCCGAGAGCUACUCCGAGAGAGAUCCUGUGAAGAGCGGUACCCUCUCGCUGGUGCCUUACACCAUGACCCCGGAGCAGUUCGUGGACUACGCCCGCCAAGCGGAGGAGGCCUACGGCGCCUCCCACUACCCCGCUGCCAACCCCUCUGUCAUCGUCUGCUGCUCGUCUGCGGAAAACGACAGCGGUGUCCCCUGCAGUAGCUUAUACCCCGAGCACAGGUCCAGCCACCCUCCCGUGGAAUUCCACUCCUACUUGAAAGGCCCCUCCCAGGAAGGGUUUGUCUCCGCGUUGAAUGGUGACAGUCGCAUUUCAGAGCACCCUGCGGAAAAUUCUUUGAGUCUGGCAGAAAAGAGCAGAUUGCACGAAGAGUGCAUCAAAUCGCCCGUGGUUGAGACCGUCCCCGUGUAGUAGCCCAAAUGCUUCUGGGACCGCCUCUUCUCUCAUGGAAAGCACUGUAUUUCAUCGGAUUUCCUGGGCCCCGUGGUGGUUAAAACGGAGGACCAAGAAAACCCCCGGACUGUGGUGAAUCUUCCUGACUGUAUUUUGUUUUCUCCUUUCUAGCUGCGUGACUGUGGCAUUGCACAAAUACAGUCUCUAUGAGGAUUUUAAAAGAUUUCCGACUGUUUUGAUAGAAAAAUGCUAAUUUAAAAAAAAAAAAAAGCCUAUCUCGCAGUUGCCUACCUGUCAAACUGUGUGAAACCUGUCAAGCUGUGUAGAUCAGAGCUCCAAGUUUUGGAUUAUCGGGCCUGUGCAAGAUUGUUAACUAAGACUGGGAAAGAGUAAGAUUUAGAGUCCUAAUUUUAGAUAAAUCUGAAGAUGACGGUGACUUUUUACUGUAAAAGUAAUUAUUGUAAGAAAAAGAUUUAACCGUUCCAUGUGUAUUUUAUUUAUGGUAGCUAGAAGUCACGUUUUGAUGAAAAUGAACAGCAGCAUGUUCUUUUAAGCUGAAGACACACAGUACCACCGAGCAUGCCCCCAUGGACUGCCUCUGGAAUCCAUUCACGUUUUUAUGAUCGUGACUGAUCAGAUUUGCAAAUACUUUCUUAAGGGUGAAAUAGGCCUAUUUUUGCUAUUUUGGACAAAUAAAUGAGUCUAUAUGUGCAGGUCCUUACACAGUUUUCUCUAAAGUUAAGAGUUAGGACAAUCCUUUGGUGAGGGUCCAGUCAUUGUCCUCCCUCCGUUGAAUCCAGAGAUGGAGGUAGAAGGAAUUGCCUUUCUUUUUUAAACGGCAUCAUCUUGGUUCUUAGCUUGGACAGCACCUUUAAACUCUACUCCCCUACAUCCAAAUGCACUUUAGUGCCCCUUCAUGGUACCUUGUGAGGGGUGGGGACUGAGAACCCUUUGAGAUGAAAAAAUUUAAAAAAAAAUUUUUUUUUAAAUCUGUAACUAGUAUAAUGUUCAUAGAAUUAAUAUAGAGGAAUCAUCCAAUGAUACUUUAUGAAGGAAAAAUGACCUAUUUUCCUUCGCCACUCUGAAGACCUAACUCGGUAUAAGCAGAGGAGGCAGAGGAAACCUCGAAGAGACACAUCCUCAGCGACCAGCCUUUUCUACAGCGUGAUCAAUCCAUCUCUACAAAAUGAAUAUAUAAGGAAAUUUCCUUUUAGUGACUAGCUGAUUGAAGGGGGGGCCUCUACCCAAAUACUCAACUAGGCCUUACUUUUCUGAAGCGUUUUGAUUUCUCUUGCCUGGGACAAUUAGCAGAACAGUCCAGAAUGCAUUGAAUACUUUCUAAUUACCUCAUGUUCUCUUAUUAAAGGGGACAGAUAGAAAUUAAAAACAUGCACUCCCCACCUUUAGAUUAUCUGCACUUGGUUCGUCGGAGGACUUCUAAGAUCCCGUUUUCCUGUACAUUAAUUUACCUAAAUAGUGUGUUCGACCUCCCCCCCCACAACGCAAUAUGACUAUGCUAAGUCUGUUUCCUAUUUUCAACCUUCUGUUGUUCUAUCAUUUCACAUUUUAUGCCUCUUUGAAAUGUGGACAUGCCUUGCUAUUCAGUGACUGCAUCGCUAAUUUUUAUGUCUUUUAGACUUAGGUGUUUAGAAAUAUGGAUAUAAAUAUAUUGUAGAUCUCAAUUCCUUAAAAAAUACUAUUUUGUUUCAUUGAACUUAAAAAUGUUUGAUCUCGAGAAAGUCCUCCAAUGGAAAAGUUUCUACUAAAACUUGAUUUGGGGAAAACAUGUUUCCUCGGCAGCUCUUCCACUGUGCAUUUGGUUCCUGCCCUGUCUCUACCCCUCCAGGGGGCCAAAUUUAUAACCAUUAGUAUUAACAUUAAAGGAGCUUUGGGUUUGUCCUUAUGGAAGUAGCAGUAAUGAGGGCAGGGAUGUGACUCUUGAAUGAUAAGCCCUUCAGGUUAAUCAGAUUAGGGUUUUGCUCAAAUCUCCGUAGUAUAUCUCAUGUUGUCUACAAAGUUACACUUUUUAGUGCUUGAUUUCCAAAAUUGUUUCCCUUAUCAAUACAAUCUAAAGAGCACAGGCCCAAAGAAAAAUGACAAGAGGCUACUGUUCCUUCAUUUAGGCAUGUGACAAAAUCACAUGUGCCCUAUUUGGGGGAUUGUUAAAAACCCUUGAAGUAUUUACUCGUGAAGCAGUCAGCAUAUCUUGGAACACAGACUGUGGCAGUGGUAGGGCAGGGGAGAAGUGACCCUGGCUGGGGCAAAGUGGAAGGGUAGAAUGUCCGUCCAGUUUCUGCAAGGAUAGAUACCUAAUUUGGUUCAGCUUUGUAUUCUCAAGAAGGUGGAUGCCUACUUGUUUGUUUGGCUAGGUCUCUGUUUUGUAGCUUCAUUUCCAAAAGGAUGCUUAACCUAGAAACAGGCAAACAAAAAAUCAGAGCUCUUUCCCCUGUCUGUCCGAUUGGGGUUGAAAGUCGCUGUGCACAGAAGGAUUAACCUUCCAAACACGAUUUCCAUUCCAAAUUUUCAUAUAUAUAACCUAACCCCUAAACAUCUCCCACAAACUGCAUAUACAAAUUACCUAUUAAAAUACGCCCAUAACACACACACACACACACACACACACACACACACACACACACACACGAUGUAUACCACACCCUGGAGAAUGACAGAUUUUAGGCAACGGCCGUUAAUAAAUACUGUAUUUUUCCCCACCCUAGAAUUUGAUUGGGUUUUAUGAUUUAAAAAAAAUAAGGUCUAGAAAAGAGGAUAAUUUGUAAAGCUCUAGUCUGAAAAUGUUGGGUCAAAGUUGCAAAUAAUAUUAAUGAUGGAUUCGUUUCUUUGUUACUUCCUUUCCCAGAAACGCUGAAGAGAGCACAGUGUUCCAUCUGACAAUUUUUUUCCCCCUUAAUAGCCCUUCUAUUCAACAAAAACUGCCCACAUACCAGGAGAGCUCCACAGUUUAUCUAAGCUUUUGAAAAUGGGGAUCAAGCUGGAUGCAGUCGGUUGGGGUAGUUAAGAUCUUUAUACUGAGACACAGCGACACCUGACCUGCAGCUGCUGUGUUGCCCCCAUAGUAUAUCUAACCAAAUUACCUUUUUUUUUUUUCCCCCUGACCUACAGCUUUGUAGUCAUUCACUGCCCGUGGCAGAGCUUCGUGCUUUGGUCCCUGUUGUUUUAACACCGGCCCUAUACUUUUUACUGAGACAUAAUUCCCAGUUAGAAUCCUGACCAGAUUGAUUUGCAAGUCAAGUGGCUGGAGCAGCUUGCAUUUCCUUUGUCAUUCUAGGUUUCCUUUGGGAGAACGAAGUCAACGAAAGAGAUUUACUUAAGUACCCCCCCUCAACGUUUAAUCACCGAUUAUUAAGACAUAAGGAAAACUUGUUCCACUCAUGUCUUUUGUUAGCUGAAUAAUACAGUUUCUUUAAAAAGUCAACCUUCUAUUUGUGAUAAAAGAAUGUUUUCCCCAGUGUCCCAGCCACAUGUAAAAUGUAAAAAUAAUAUUGAGUCAUAAAAUCUUCACAGUCAUCUAUGGCCCAGCAAUAGCCAUUCCCACCCCCCUGCCCCCGCAGGUGGAGGCGGGGGGGGGGGGGACACUGUGAAUUACAGAAACACUGGCCACAAAAUAAUCAAGAAAAAAAGAGAUUAUAAGUGAUUAUGUUCUUUUUUUUUUUUUUUUUUUUUUAACACUCUAACAGAUGAUAUCUCGGCAAAAUCCUGGUUUGGUUAUCAUUAAAUAGGGAAAUAGAUAUGAUUUAUUUGCUUUAAAUUGAUAUGUCACUGCUUCUCUGAUUAAACUUCUCUGAUUAAACUGUAUAAGUUUUUAAUUCUUUGGUCUUGAUAUUUAGAAUUUACUAAAUAUCAACUCUAUCAACAACUAUUUAUAGAACACCUACUCUUUUAGAGGAAGUGUCCUAAGUAAUAAAAAGAGGAGGUAAACACUACACAUUCUAAGGGAUUGUGAUGAUGAAACGUGGCAUGAAAUAGUCCAGCCUCACUGUAAUUCUUCUAACUGGUGAUUUUAUACCAUGAAUUAGAAAAAGUGACAUCAAUCCUUGUCUAAUUACAUGCGAACUGUAACGAAAAGGAUACUUCUUUUCCCUAAAUUAAUGAAAUUCACUGGAUGCUCUUUUUCUCCUCUCUCCUAUCCAAAAUUUCUGAAUUAAAUCUAAACUUAGAGGAACUGAAUCGAAUGAAGAGAGUUUCAGCUAAUUGCUUCUUUGGGUUAGAUCUAUAUAAGUAAUGCUAAAUUUAUACUAGCAAACUCCUACCAGAGAGUUUCUAAAGCUGGUUGCCUCAUGUAUAAACCAGGAAACAUUUCAGGAAAACUUUGAAACAAUGAUAUGGAACAUAAUCCCUCUUACUUCUAUUUAUAAACAAACAGCAUAAAAAAUUAACGAAACCAUAGUUCCAAGUUCCAAAGGCAUUAUUGCCCUCUAACCUGUAGAAAACAGAGGUCCUUCGGGCCACCUCACUUUUCCCUGGUGUUACAAAACCAUCAAAUGAGCAGGUGGAAAAUGUACAUUUUCAGAAGUUAGAUAGAGACUGUUUUUUUUAAAAGGGACCAAGAAGCCUUCCACCUCUCCAAACACGACUUCACCUUCCCCUUGAAAAAUGGCAUCUGCUCCUUAUUCUCUCACAGAGUUUAGAGCAUCAUUACCCUAACCAGUGUAUAAAAUACCAACCUUAAGUGGAAGUACCUUCUUACUUUCAAAGGCAAGACUUGGGUGUAAUUUGAAACCAGAACUAUCUGUGUAUCUUUACCACAACUAACAUGGAAAGCUUAAAUCCUUAAUCCCUUUCCAUUCUAACACAAAUUCACGACUUCUGAUGAUAUUAUUCUGAGAUCUGUUAAUUCGUGCUCAAGUAACUUAAAUGUCGAAGCCACUUGCCACAGCUUCGCACAAAUAGCACAGCUCAACAGAUGUUUUCUGUCACAUUAAGGAAUUUAAUUGACUUAAUUUAACUGAAUAUCCGCAAUUGAAAAGCCCACUAAAAUUAGGGAGGUGUGGGUCGAGGACAGAAUCUAAGUGUAAUAAGUGGUAGUGUCUCCUGGGGAACAGGAAUGUUUCAGCAGAGCUGAACAGCUAGAAUGUUCACCAGAAAAACUAGAUUUACAAGGGGGCAGCCCGAAACCUAGAAGGGGCAGUGACAAUGCCGAAACGCAGAGCCCCCUUGGUGUUCCCAUCUGCUGCCCACCGUCCACAUCAAUUACGUCUUACUCUCUAAAAAUCAUCUGAUGCAUAAAAAAACACCAGGCUCCAACACGCUAAAUAGGCUAUUUUUAAGAUUCAGACACAUUUCACAUUAAAGUGACUGACAGACUAUUGUCAAAAGUGAUGAAUAUGGGAAUAAAAGAGCUCUUUAAUAUUUUACCUGUCAAAUCUGCAUAUUUAAUGUGACUUUUUAAAAUAGUCACUUCUAAGUUUUACUUCAACUCCUCUCAGCUUUUCAGCUAGACCAUGAGACCCCCUUCCAACCAACCAGUGCUGGUGGGGUUUUUUGUUUAUUUUCUUUCCUAUCAGAAAUUCAGACUCAAAACUUGAUACAACUUGGGUUUUACCUGGUCAGUGAUCCUGCAGUUGGUCUAACUUUGGGCUGUCUGGAGAAUAGACAGAACGCCUUGGGUUUUUGAUCUUUGAAAGUAGUAAUUCAGACAAAAUAAUUAGAAGCAGGAAGGUGAAUAUAACCAGAUUCAAAGCGUAAACCAGCCCAUUCUUUAUAUGCAGCUACUGUAAUCUAAUUAACAGAUAGCCUGGAAUUUUAGUAAAUACAGGUACAUGUUACAUUUGUGGAAAAUGAAGUAAUUUCAAAGAUUUAAGUCAUAUUGUUGACUACUUUCUUUCACAUGUGAUAAAUAUAUCACUCUACAGGGUAAUUGUUUCUUACUUGCUACUUUAUACCUGCUUAUAAUUCAAGAAAAGUCAGCUCUAGUGUGUCAUUUUAUUUCAUCUCAUAAAUUGCUGGCAGAACUCCAGUUUCAAGAGAAUAUGAUAGAAUUUAUUUUGGACAACAUUUGCAUUUAAUGUGCUAAUGAUGACAUUCCUUUCUUUGCAUUACUUAUUACCAUGGUGAUAAUCAAAUCAGUUUGGUAACUCUCAUUUUAGUGACACGUAUGAGGCCAUUUCAGUAUUUUAAGAUAAUGUAUAUUGAUUCAAAGGAUUUAGGAAAAGACAAAUUUAUGGUAGAAAUUAGCCUUGCCUUGGUCUAAGUGAAUUUAUGUGGCCUGAUUGAAUGGUUUUAGUGGCGAUUUUGGAAUAACUGUUUUGCUAGGUAUGCCUUUCCUUCUGUUUUGGCUUUUCCCUAAUGUUUUUAUCUUGCUUGGGGGUAUCUUAAAAGUUACUUACUGGUGAGUAUUUGGGAGGACAUUGAUUGAGAAAGUAUCUCUUUAAAACUUAUCUAAGCUAUUCUAUUCUAACUUUAUCAGGUCUUACUGCCAUGCUAUAUAAGACUAGAAACCCUACAUCAGGAAUGUGCCCUCCCAAUAUGGUUUUGCUGUUGUCUCUACAUAGGAAGCCUAUUCAAAAUUAGAUGUGAAUUUUAAACUUUGUAACUUAAUUUAUCCAAUUUUGGUUUACUUCUUUUUUAUCUUGGUCAGCAAGUUUUUCCCCUAGCCAUAAAGAAAGCCACCCAUCUUUAAAACAAGUUCAAAGGAAUUUGAAAUUUUACUUAUUUAUUUUUAGAAAUUCUAUUUCAAUAUUUAAAAAAAAAAAAAAGGAAGGAAGGAAAUAAAAUCAAAUUUUGAGUUCUCCCAAAGAGGAAAAACCUAAAUAUCUAAGCCUAAGAAAUAAAUUGCCUGAGGUUAUUGGUUUUUUUUUUUUUUUAAUUAAGUGUUGUUCCUUGGAUGCUUUAAUGAUAUCCAAAUAAUAUCUGAACUUGAUAGACUGUAAAUUUUAGUAGUUGGCACAGUCAUUUCCUUUGUACUAUAAUUAAAUAGGGUCCCCUGCCAAAGGUUAUGCUCUGAAUCUUGAUUUAUUAGGCGCUAGUCAUCCCAAACGGGUAUCUUAGACUAGUUUAAUCUUUUCACGGAUUCUCAGAAUGGCCAACUGUGUGUGAAUAAUGAAAAGUUUGAGAUUCUUGUGUAUUCUUCAAAUUUUAUAGUCUUGAGACUAGAAGAGAUCUCCAGAGGUCAUCAGUCUCAUCCAUCUAUCUCCAGGGAGGACUGUCAUUCAGGGAUGCCCAACAGGAGAGAUACCCAUCUAUUCUUAACAUCUCUAGGGAAAGUGGUUUCCUUGGCAACACAAUCCAGUUCUCUUAGGUUUUUCUCCCAAUAAGAAAAUAUCUUGGCCAGUCUUUGUGGGCUAGGCACCUGGCAACAGUUGUGGUGAUUUGGGCCAUUGUCCCAGCAGACUCAAAAGACACUGAGUUCCCCCUUACUUUGAUGAUUAUUGUAUUUGAUGACUCCAUAAGUCUCCUAAGAAAUUAGAUUCUUAAAAAAUAAAGAUGUGAGUAUUGAGACCGUGUUCAAUAACACAACCUGCUUUCAACAACUAUGAAGGUAGUUUUUUUUUUUUUUAAUUUUUAUUUUUUCAUUUGUGUUCACCAGUGCUGGAAUAUCAAGAGGUAAUGUCAAGAAAGGUGACUGUUUCAGAUCCCCUGUGACAGACAUCAGAGUUAGGAUCAAGUGACUUGACUUGCUCAAUUUUCUGAGAAGUGACAAUGACAUAAAGUGAGCAUUUUCUAACUUCUUGCUUCUAAAUAAGUACCUUCUCAUUAAUCUUUCUUUACCCUAAAAUGACAAAUGAGAAUCUAAGCUUUUCCACUCCUUCUGGGGAAGAUGUGACUAGUUUUGGAAAGUCUGCUGUGGAAUAAAACAACUCCAGAGAAUUAGUCAGCUACCAUUCCAUCCCAGCCUUUGUCCCCAUGUUAUUUAAACAAUGGCUGCCUGCCUUCUCAGGGAUCAGCAGAAUGAUUUAAAAAUUUGUCAUCUUGACAAGGCCUGAAAUCGAAGGGAGGAGACUGGGAGGAUGGUGACCCCCCCCCCAUUCCGUCACUUGACCUAAGCAUCCCCUGCAGCUUUCAGAGCAUUUUCUGUUUGCUCAGAGUUGCUUCCAGCUCUGAGUCAGAACUAACCGGAAGGUGAGGAGCACUCCUAAAAUCAAGGUUUCCUUUCUCCAUGGGAUUUUUUUCCAAUCUAGAUACAGCUGCUUAUCUCCCCAACUCAGAUGUUCUUGGUGAAAUGAUAGCUACAUCAGUGUGGUUGUUCCCCACAAAUAACACUGGGGGAAAUAACCCUUUUUGCUUUAUUAAAAAAAAAAAAAGCUAUAGAAUGUUUAUGUAAAGAAUGUUGAAUAAUUUGGCCCAUGUUUUAAUUGACUCUAGACACCUCUAUGGAAAUAAGUCUGAGGCGUAGUUUGUGAAACAUGUUUCAAAAGUGUUUGAUGUAAAAUAAAUGCUAGACAUUUACAGUACAGACAUAGUUAAAAAAAUUAAAAACCUGUAGAUUACAACUCUGUUCCUAAGAACCUCAGCCUUUAUUGUGUCUUAGUAAAGUUGAUCUGCUUUCAUUUUAGUUUAUUGCAUUUCUGGUGUAAUAGCCUCUUAAGAUAGAACUCUUAAUACAUAUGUACUGGUUAAUGCCUGUUAAUGCAGAAAAUGGCACUUUGUUAUUUCAAUGUGUUUCCCUCAAUGUCACAGGGUAUAUCAAUUUGAUAGGAAAAGGUCAUUUGACACUGGUCAAAAAUGCAUUUUCCCCAUUUAAAAUAUGUAUGUAUAAUUGGUUGCAUAGACAAAUGGCACCUUUUGCAGUAUUUUUAUCUUGAUCAUAGUCUUAGAUGUCAACUGUGUCUCCACUCUCCAGCUGCCAUAAAAUUCGGAACAUUUGCAAAUUCUGGUGAAAUCAAGUGAGCUGAAUGUAAUGGUAGAUCAAAGAAUCCAAAGGACUUGAGUGUUAUCCUUCAGUCUAUGUUGAACCAUUCGGACAUUGGGAAUGGUCUUUACACAAGGGAAGUCUUUUGAGAGUGUUCUUUUGUUUUGUUUUGGUUGGAUUUUUUGGUUUGUUUUUUGCCGAUAAAAAAAGUAAUUUAAAAACCCAGUGAGAUAAACAACUCACUGUAACAUUUUUUUGACACUGUGCUUGGUUUUAUCUCUUGGUUGAUUUCUGUUAUUACUUUUUACUCAAUUUCAACAGUAUUUCAAUAGACAUUUUCUUAUUGUUAUGUUCAAUAUAAUCACUCAGAAAGAGUGGAAAGGGAAGAAAAUCAAACAACAGUUCAUACAUACAAUCGCUUUACACUAAAAUGUCAUAUUGUAUGUCACACAGUUUCUAGAUUGAUUUCUCUUGUGUAUAAGUUAUAACAUCAAAGAUGCCAAAGGGUAUAUAAAAUAAGCUACAAUAAUAUUCAACAGAACUUAACCUGGAUCUUAUGUUGUAAUAAUUUAUUCAUAUUAGAUGUAGUCUUCUGUAUUUAUAUUUUCAGUAUUUAUUAUGAAUGACAUGGAAAUUCGUGUAUUUAUUGUGGCUUUUUAUUGCAGUGUGCAUAUAUAUAAAUCACAAAUAAGCAUUUUUAAGUCUUAUCCUUAAGUUUCUUUUAUUAGUGGCACUUGUAUUAUGCUGUACUUUUUAUUAUAUAUUGUACAAUAUCUUGUCCAUUUGUUUGCAGCAGAGUAAAACCGGUUUCUAAGUUGUA